AUGCAGAUCUUCGCCAAGACGCCGACGGGGGAAACCAUCACCCUCGAGGUCGAGACAAGCGACACCGUCGCCGACGUGAAGGCCAAGAUCCAGGGCAAGGAAGGCAUCUCGCCGGAGGACCAGCAGCGCCUCAUCUUCGCGGGGAAGCAGCUGGAGGAUGACCGCACACUAGCCGACUACGACGUCGUCAAGGAGUCCACGCUCCACCUCGUGCUUGGCCUCCAGGGCGGCAUGCAGAUCUUCACGAAGAUGCCGACGGGGGAAACCAUGACCCUCGAGGUCGAGAACAGCGACACCAUUGCCGACGUCAAGGCCAAGAUCCAGGGCAAAGAAGGAAUCCCACCGGACCAGCAGCGCCUCGUCUUCGCGGGGAAGCAGCUCGAGGACAGCCGCGCCCUGGCUGACUACUGCAUCGAGAAGGAGUCCACGAUUCACCUCCUGCUUCGCCUGCUCGGCGGGAUGCAGAUCUUCGCCAAGAUGCCGACGGGGGAAACCAUGACCCUCGAGGUCGAGAACAGCGACACCAUUGCCGACGUCAAGGCCAAGAUCCACGGCAAUGAAGGCAUCUCGCCGGACCAGCAGCGCCUCGUCUUCGCCGGGAAGCAGCUUGACGAUGACUGUGCCCUGGCCGACUACAGCAUCCACAAGGAGUCCACGAUUCACCUCCUGCUUCGCCUCCCCGGCGGCGGGAUGCAGAUCUUCGCGAAGAUGCCGACGGGGGAAACCAUGACCCUCGAGGUCGAGAACAGCGACACCAUCGCCGACGUCAAGGCCAAGAUCCAGGGCAAGGAAGGCAUCUCGCCGGACCAGCAGCGCCUCGUCUUCGCCGGGAAGCAGCUUGACGACGACCGUGCCCUGGCCGACUACAGCAUCCACAAGGAGUCCACGAUUCACCUCCUGCUUCGCCUCCCCGGCGGGAUGCAGAUCUUCGUGAAGACGCUGACGGGGAAGACCAUCACCCUCGAGGUCGAGAGCAGCGACACCAUCGACAACGUCAAGGCCAAGAUCCAGGACAAGGAAGGCAUCCCGCCGGACCAGCAGCGCCUCAUCUUUGCGGGGAAGCAGCUCGAUGACGGCCGCACCCUGGCCGACUACAGCAUCCAGAAGGAGUCCACGCUCCACCUCGUGCUUCGUCUCCGCGGGGGGCACUGCAUGAUCGAGCCCAACCUCAAGGCCCUCGCCCAAAAGUACAACCAGGCCAAGCUGGUCUGCCGCAAGUGCUAUUCACGCCUGCCACCCAGGGCCACCAACUGCCGCAAGAAGAAGUGUGGCAACAGCAACCAGCUGCGGGCAAAGAAGAAGUGCAGGUACUGCUGAAGAUCAAGAUCCGCGCAUCAGUUGAAUCAGUUAUCUACUUGUCUCAGCUUAUCAAAACUGUCAGGAUUUUGUAGGCAGAUGAAUCAGUUGUCUACUUGUCUCAGCUUAUCACAACUGUCCGAGUUUUUAAGUAUCUUAGUGUAGUAUUCUGCUGGAAGUUGAGCAGUGUCUCUUUUGAACACUUGGUUAUGGUUCAAUGCAUGCUGAGGACAUGAUUAUAAUAUGGUAGCUUAACUCUUUUGGCUGGAGUGAGCACUUGUCUAAUUUCUAUUUAUGCUGUUCUCUUUUGAAAU